GCUGCAUUCGGCGCAAUGGGGCGGAAGGAGAUCAUGGAGCCCGGCAUCGGCGGGCCGAAGGAGAUCUGGGACCUCGUCAGCGGCAAGCAGAUGGAGACCAUCGGCCUCGUCAGCGGCAAGCAGAUGGAGACCAUUGGCCUCGGCAGCGGCAAGCUCCAGGACUAUCCCUUGGUGAGGCGGCUCCGCAACCGGCGGCUCCUCACCUACCUCUGGCUCCAGGGCUUCGACGCCGCCUACGACAGCGUUGUGCAUGAGUCGGGUGUGCAGAUGAGCAGGCUACAUCUGCGGCAGCUGCUGAUCCGGGGCCAGUGGAGAGAGGCCAUCAAGUACAUAACGCGCUUCCUGCCGCCGGCCGUUGAUCGGGGCGUCGAGACCCGUUCCCUCCUCAUCUUCCUCCACGCGCUCUGGUCCCUGGCAAACGUCGCCGGGUGCUCAGCGGGCGGCUUCGCGAACCAGUCCGUGCACCGCGACCUCAGCUUCCUCAAGUCCAUUUGCAGUCGCAGCGCCAAGCUCGCCUCCAUCCUCCAAUACACACUCCACUCGCCGCAAUUUAGGGCGUCCCUGAACUGGAUACUGGUGAGGGAGAAGGCAUCGUUCAUUGCCGAUGACUUGGCUCUUGAGAGUCCUGAGUUGAGACGCAAGUUGCUAUUGCCCGGCGGCCCAGGUCUCCCGCAGGACUUGUUUCCCAUCAGUCCCCUUCGUCCAAGGCGCCACUGGACGCAACAAUUCCCGCGGCCAAAGCCGGAGGCUAUUGCCAAGUGCUAUCUCAAGAGGAGGAGGAGCCUGCCCUCUGCAAGCCCACUUUAUGGAUUGCCCGAUAAUGCAGUCAGCCGGGUGUCAGAUCUUAUUGAGGGGUGUUUAAAAGCCGGUAAACUUCCGGAGCUCCAUCGAGGGAACCCACUUCAAUCAAAUGCAAAGGAAGAAAUGGCUAGAGUGCAGGGUCAAAGCUCAAAAGCUUGUUUCCUUUGGGUGAAAGUAGAAAGGAAGAAAGGAAGAAAGACCAUGGGGCCACGUACGCUGGGCAGUCGGUCAGGUAAGGACAACCGUUCUUCCCUCCCAUCCCACUGGGCGGACGGCCGCUUUGUGACAUUUCUUGGGCGAUAA